CAUCCACACAAACUCACACACCCCUGCCUCCCAAAGGAUGAUUUUCUAGGUAUUAAAACACCUUUAUGGGUAGAUAUAGUGAUGAACUUCUCUUUAAUUUUGAAGGGCAUGUUUUCGGAGGGCCUCAUUACACUUGGGCCGAUGGAGUUAAGUAUGAGGGAAACUUUGUCAAGAACCUACAGAUGCAUCAUGGCAUUUAUACUUGGCCUGAUGGCAGCAUCUAUGAAGGUGAGGUGAAGAAUGGGAUCAGGCAUGGCUUUGGCAUGUACAAGUGUGGCACCUAUCCUGUUUCGUAUAUUGGCCAGUGGGUUGAAGGCAAGAGGCAUGGCAAGGGCACCAUUUACUACAACAGGGAAGGUUCUUCUUGGUAUGAAGGUGACUUUGUGUACAAUGUAAAAAGUGGACGGGGAAUAAGAUGUUAUAGAUCUGGGAAUAUCUAUGAAGGCCAGUGGGAGAGGGAUCUCCGUCAUGGAGAAGGGCGGAUGAGGUGGCUGACCACUAACCAGGAAUAUACUGGGAAAUGGGUGAAUGGGAUACAGGUAUGGCUUGAUCAAGUCUUUGAAUUGUGUUGCUUUUGAAACCAUAGGCAAAAAUAAAUCAGUCUCAAACGUGCUGCUAGAUCCCUUCCUCCUUUAUUUUUUAUGUUGAUCUUUUAUGUAAUAAUUUUAUUUACCAAGCACUGAAAAGUGACUUUUUGGACUACAAUAAUUCCCAGUGACCUCCUGCAGUUUAAAAAAACGGUUUUGAGAUUAGUGACCUAACAAUAAUGCCCAAAAUUCACACUACUGUCUUUAAUGAAACAAGACCAUCAGUGUUUAAACCCAGACAUGGGCAGACUUCAGAACAGAAAGGACCUGAUUUCAAAUACUGAAAUCCAUUGGUGAGAGUUAGGCGCAUAAAACAUGUUUGGAAACAGGGAUGAGGAAACCGUGGCCUUCCACCAUCAU